AUGGAAGGCGAAAUUUACGAAGUUGACGAAGAUAAACCGAGGCGACCUGUUGUGCUUGGCCUUUUUGCAACGGGCAUUGUUCCAGCUGUUGCUCAACCAAGUAAUCCUCCUAAUGUGCCGCAACCGAUAGAAAUAGACACAUCGUCUCACUUUGCGACUGAUAGGCAAAAGAGAGACAGAGAUGAGUUGAUCAAAUGGGCUCGAAGUGUGUCAGAAAGUUUAAGGUUCGCCAUUAUAGUUAGGCGAUCCGAUUCGGGCGAAAAGAGAAAGGCUCAAUUGGUGUUAGAGUGUGAACGUAGUGGGAAGUAUGUUCCAGCCAAGAAGAAGUUGAAAUCCGAUUCGUCCGGAACGAGAAAAUGCGAAUGUCCAUUCCGACUUCGUGGUUAUUACAACAAGGAAACAAAACUAUGGCGUUUGACUGUUGUCAACGGUAUGCAUAACCACGAGUUGGACAAAGGGCUUGAAGGGCAUCUCGUGGCGGGGCGUUUGAAACCGCAGGAGAAGGAUUUUAUGGACGAGAUGACAAGGAAUGCGGUGGCUCCAAAAAAACAUAUUGUCCACAUUAAAGGAGAGAGAUCCAGAGAACAAGACCUCGGCAAAGCAAGUGUACAACGCUCGUCAUAG